CGCCCAACCGGUAGGUCAACGAUAGCAUUCUUAACGGGGAGGGAGGCGGGGCGGGGGCGGGGAACAUUUUUAAGGAAUUUCCAUCGGAUAAGGCAAUAAUACGUUUAAUAUUGUCAGGAGGGGCCAAUUAAUUGGGUAGCGUCUCGGAAGACCACACACUACCGGUACAGAGAACGAACGUAACAUUUGUAUGAAUACGUUGGUUCGUUAUAUAUAUAUACGAUCUUGUGCUACACACAAGCUUACGUACGGUUCGUUCGAUUUAAAAUUAGAACAAAACACGGAACGAUGACGGUGCGCAAUUUUGUUACGUGCUAACGAAUCUGUCAUUGGGUCUAGCUUGCGUCAGGCAGGUCCGUACACGACAGAAAAGUUGUUAACCAUUUCCAAAAUGUAAUUACCGAGAGUGCGGUACUUUCUCUGGGAAUCAGCGAAUAAAUUUAUUUACGUAGACACUAAAGAUAAAAUAUCUCAGGAAACACGCUUUUCUAAUUUUUAUAAGCAUUUUAACUGCUCAAUAAUUCCAGUCGUAACACGUCGGACGGAUGUAUUAAUCAUUAUGGAAAUAUCGUCGGGUUACGUUCCUGACAAAGUCACGUGGAUUUGUUGUGUUUUGCUUUAAUCUUAAGUUGAACGGACAAAUACAUAUACAGACACACACACACAUAGACACACAUACAGACAGACAGAAUUACGAGCGUAUAUAUAUGUAUAUAUAUAUGAAUAUAUAGAAAUAUAUGUAUAUAUACAUACGUAUAUAUUUUUUUGUUGUAACUUCUCUGUCCUUGGUCUACGACUGUAAAUUGUGUAUAUUUUUAUGUUUUGUAUUCGUCACGAAUGUCGCGCGACGCCUAUAUCUGUACUUCGAGUCUACAUAAGAAAAUAGGGUAUAUGUAUUUAUGAAAUCGUUAAUCUAGCGUGUAAAUAAAAAAAAAACGAGAUCCUCAAGUGUUAUACACAUCUAUGGACAAAUACAUGAUUUGAACGUUACAUCAGCGUUUCAUAUUUUAUUCAAAAGCGGCGAUCAUAAAACGGAUAAGAAUAAUAUGACAUGUCAGUGAACCGAGUAAAGUUCCUCCGGUAAAGACGAUCAGUUUUCAGGUGUGUAUUGUUAGUUAUACACGUAACCGACUGCCGUUCACCGGGUCAUGUUUUCUUCUCAUGGCGCUCGUUUUGCCGAUAUAAUUGUGUCUGUGAAAAUCGCACACACGUCCAGUGGUUAAAGCUUAUGUCAUUUGUGUAACAUGGCGUCCAACGAAAAUAGCGAUUCCCAGAAAGUUUUGGAGUUCAAAAUCUACAAGUACUCCAGCUUUUUCUCAUCUUACGUGCCAGGAAAUAUUCUCGUGGAUAAACCGUCGGAUCAGACAUCGCGCUGGUCGUCCGAUAUUGACAAUCACCCACAGUUUCUCAUAUUAAAGUUACAACGCCCUUCAAUUGUGAAAACAAUUACCUUCGGUAAAUAUGAAAAAACACACGUAUGUAACAUAAAAAAGUUCAAAGUGUACGGCGGUUUAGAACCGGAAAAUAUGAUGGAACUAUUAGAAAGCGGACUGAAAAAUGAUUCUAUGCCAGAAACAUUCGAUUUAAAGCAUAUAUUAGGAAACAAGGAUAAUUAUUUUCCAGUUAGAUACAUAAAGAUUCUACCGUUACAAUCUUGGGGUCCCAGCUUUAACUUCUCUAUUUGGUAUGUAAAACUGAGCGGUAUCGACGACCCUAAAAUAGUGAAACCCAACAUUGAAUGCUUCAAUAUGUAUCGUCAGAAAGAGGUGAUAAGACUCUGUAUGAAACACUUCAGAAGAUUGGAGCAACCAGAAAUUGUACAAACAUUACAAAGAGUUACAGGGGUUUCGUUGGAAGAUCCUAGGUUGACCGCGUUGUACGAUCUAUUGGUGACGAAGGGAGAUUAUUUGCAAGCUGAACAUUUUAUAAGUAACAUUGUGAUGAUGGGUCUAUUAAACGAUUAUAUACAUGCUCAAACCUAUAGAGCAAUUUGGUCGAAAUUGUCGACCGAUGAUCCUAAACCUGGAAUGAGAGGUGGCCAUCAAAUGGUACUUGAUCCCACCGCGGAGCUGGUGUAUCUAUUCGGAGGAUGGGAUGGAAAUAAAGAUCUUUCUGACCUGUGGGCGUACAACAUAGCUACCAACAAGUGGACUAUCAUAUGCAAAGACGCAGAAGCUGUGGGCGGCCCGAGCGCGAGAUCCUGUCAUAAAAUGUGUCUAGACCCUAAACGACGACAACUUUUCAUCCUUGGAAGAUAUUUAGACACGCAGUACAGAAAGCUAGAGAACUUGAAGAGCGACUUUUUCGUGUACGAUAUCGAGUCGAAUAAAUGGACCCAAAUAUCGGAAGACACAGAAUCCGUGGGUGGACCAGAAUUAAUUUUCGAUCAUCAAAUGUCCAUGGAUGUCGAAAAGCGAACCAUUUAUAUUUUCGGUGGUCGCGUCGUUGUUUCGCCAAACAUUUCCGACGAAUAUGAAUACCGUAUAAUACCGAACCUGCCUGAACCAAUUUUCUCUGGACUGUAUUCCUAUCAUGUGCCUACCGGUACAUGGACGAAACUGGCCUGCGACAUUGCGAGGCCGUGCCCUCCGAACGUGCCGACCAUCAGAUCCAGAGCCGGCCAUUCUAUGCUCUUCCAUCCGGGUUCAAGAAAACUAUAUAUUUUUGCGGGUCAAAGGGGUAAAGAGUAUCUCAGCGAUUUCGUCACCUACGAGAUCGACACGAACCACAUAGAGCAUAUAAACUUCAACGAUUCCAGUUCAAGCGAUUCGAAUCACGUGCCUGCAGCUGGUUUCACGCAGAGGGCAACGAUCGAUUCUGAAUUAGGAGAGAUCUACGUGCUGUCGGGGUUGAGCAAGGACAAGGAUAAACGAGACGACAACGUGCAGAAUUCCUUCUGGGUUUACAAUAUCGAAAACAACAAAUGGUCAUGUAUUUAUAGACACGAGAACGUAGGAGAGAAGUACUGGAACAAAAUGCAAGAUUACGUUCCCUGCCCGCGAUUCGCGCAUCAGUUGGUUUACGACCACGUUAAAAAGGUACACUUCUUAUUCGGAGGAAAUCCAGGAAGAUCUUGCAUUCGAAACCUACGACUCGACGAUUUCUGGCAGCUGAAGUUGUGCCGACCCUCUCAAGACGAGAUCCUGAAGAGAUGCAAGCUGUUGAUCAGGAAGCACAAGUUCAAAGAACUGGCCCUGAGCAACAGCGUGGAGGCGCUUAAAUAUUUGCAGGUUCAAGUGUUCGAGAUCAUUGAUCACAACGACGCCGAACAGACGAAAGAGUUUCAAUUGUUAACGUCUAUUCUAUUCAAAGAGCAGAACUCGUUGUUAGAGGAAGCCACGAAUUCGAACAGCUCGGGCAGCAUGCUAGGAAGUUUCCUCCAUGAACCGAUGUACGCCCAGAACAGCCGCGACAUUCACACGCUGAGAACCGAGCUGUACGACAAACUGACGGAAUUUUUCCCGGAAUCAUUGACGCAACCGCGCGCAAAUCUGAUCGAUCUUUUGCCGUUAUGAACCGACACCGGAGAGAACCGGUCGAGAACGCCUCCAGACACAUAGAAAAACAAAGAGAUUCAGUUUGUUAUCUUACGAAGGUGUUUACCGCAGA